UUGCAGUGAUGAGGCCUCAUUUGGAUGAUGAUGAUGAUGCAUCACAUUAUAAGAAAAGGCAACAAGAAGCUGAAAAUCUUCGAAAAGUUGCAUUUUAUGGUGUAGCAUUAUCAACAAUUGCAUCAUUUAUAUGCGCACUUUCCGUACCAAUGUUUUAUAAUUAUUUACAACAUGUACAAUCUGUUAUGCAAAAUGAAGUUGAUUUUUGCAAAUCACGUUCAAGCAAUAUUUGGCGUGAGGUAACACGUACACAGGUACUGUCAAAAGUAAACGGCGAAUUACGGAUCCGUAGGCAAGCCGGUUAUGAAUUCUCAAACAGUGAGGCCGUACAUGGUGGCGCUGGGGUCAGCGGUAGUGCCAUAUCAAGGUUUGGUGGAGUCGCGGGAGCACCUUCUGCACCUGGUGGUGGCUGCUGUGGUUGUGGCGUAUCACCACCCGGACCACCCGGUGAGCCCGGACCAGAUGGAAGUGAUGGUAAAGAUGGUGAACAAGGACCACCAGGAAGAGAUGGAGAGGAUGCACCUCAGGCGCCACCUAAGCCACCACAAGUUGAAUGGUGUUUCGAGUGUCCGGAUACACCAGCUGGUCCAGCAGGAAAUCCAGGACCGAAGGGUCCACGAGGUAAACCUGGUCCUCCUGGAAAAGAUUCAGAUGGUGGCAGUAGAGGACCACCAGGACCACCAGGUGAUUCAGGGCCAAGUGGUGCACCAGGUGAACCAGGUCCAAAAGGACCACCAGGAUUGCCUGGAACUGUAGUCGAAAAAUCCCUUCCCCCAGGUCCACCAGGUCCACCAGGAUCACCUGGUCAACCUGGACCGCAAGGACCGCCUGGAUCAAAAGGAAAUCCUGGACAAGAUGGACCAUCAGGACCCGAAGGAGACGCAGGAAAGGAUGGAACACCUGGAAAACCAGGCAGCGAUGGAACAACUGGACCUCAGGGAGAACGUGGAUCAACCGGUUCAUGCGAUCAUUGCCCACCACCACGAACAGCACCUGGAUACUAAGAUACUAUUCGAUAAUAUGCUGCACCGAUGAUCUUUGC